CUUUCUCACCGCCUGGCUGCUUCAUAACAACACAACCGCUCCAACGCUACUCCAGCACUCUUUUUUUUCUUCGUCCCUCUCUGCGUCUGAAGCCAAACCGCUCAACUUAAACUGACUCGCACCACCGUUAUAUGGAAAAUACGGGUCUGCCCGGCGCAUUUAUUCUCUCCUACCCGAGAGGAAAAAGCGCACGGAGGAAAACGUUUGAGGAGCAAAAGAAAGCAGCCGUGAUUCUUGGACGAAGAGAGCAUCAUGAGAAUACUACAACUACCAACAAGGGAGGACCUGGCAUGGACCGCUGUGUCUAAAUGAAGUGGUUCAGCCAUGCAAUGUUCCUGGAAGGCAGUGAUUCUGCUGGCCUUGGCCUCCAUUGCCAUCCAGUACACAGCCAUCCGGACACUGACCUCCAAGCCUUUCCAGCUGUGCCCGCUGCCCAGCCCCCAGAACUGUGGUCUGGGGGGCCAGGAGACAGAACCUCCCUUUGAGCGUGGAGCAGCAGGCGGUGGAGGCUGCGAUGACUACCCUUACUUUUCCAUCAACGCCACGCGAAAAACGCACAUCCUGGUCCUGGCUACCACUCGCAGCGGCUCCUCCUUCGUCGGCCAGCUGCUCAACCAGCACCAGGAGGUGUUCUACCUGUUUGAGCCUCUCUAUCAUGUUCAGACUACACUGAUUCCACGUUUAUCACACAGCCGGAACGCUGCAGACCGGCGUGUGAUGCUGGGCGCCAGUCGAGACCUCCUGCGUAGCCUCUACGGUUGCGACCUCUAUUUCCUGGAGAGCUACAUCAAACCGACGCCCACGAACCAUACGACAGAUAAACUGUUCCGCCGUGGCGCCAGUCGAGCCUUGUGCCAGCAGCCUGUAUGUGAUGCCUUUGGUCCUGCUGAUGUUAAUGUUGAAGAAGGGGACUGCGUUAAGAAAUGUACCGCUCUAAACAUGACCUUAGCUACGGAGGCAUGCCGCGAGAAGCGACACGUGGCAAUUAAGAUUGUUCGGGUGCCGGAGAUUGGAGAUCUACGCGCUUUGGUGGAAGACCCACGGCUGAAUAUCAAAGUGAUUCAACUCGUCAGAGACCCGCGUGGUAUCCUGUCAUCACGGAUUGAGACAUUCAGGGAUACGUAUCGUCUGUGGCGUAUUUGGAGGGCCACGGGGCGACGGCCCUAUAAUCUAGACUUGAGUCAGCUUACAGUUGUCUGUGAGGACUUUCUCAGUUCAGUUUCGACUGGUCUCGGCCACCCCUAUUGGCUCAAAGGGAAAUACAUGUUGGUUCGUUACGAGGAUUUGGCAAGAAGUCCACUUCUCAAGACGAAGGAGAUCUAUGACUUUCUGGGGCUGCCUUUGGAUAAAAACGUGGAAGACUGGAUACAUGCAAACACUCGGGGCAGCAAUGAGCCCUCAGCGAAACAUAAGUUUGGUACUGUGAGGGACUCAGCAGCUAACGCAGAGAGCUGGCGUUUGAAACUGUCUUAUGAUAUGGUCGAAUACACACAGACCGUUUGUCAAAAAGUACUCCACCAGCUUGGAUACAAGGCUGUGAAAUCAGUAGAGGAACUGAAAAAUAUGUCCCUCUCACUGGUACAGGAAAAAACUUUUGUACCUUUUUUGUAACAAAGAUAGUUCUAAUGACUAUUUUUGAUAUAUUUAUAAUUGUUGCCUUAUAAUUUCCUUAGUUUGUUGGUUUUGUUUCUGUACUUUUGUUUCUUCAAAUUUGCACUAAACUUUAAAGAUUUUGAAUGCACCGAGGGAACUUCUGGAUGAUUCCCCCAAUGUUACAGAACAGCACACUUUAAACACAAAGUAAUCAAACAAGCUAGUUUACAAAUGUCUCAUUAUUUACUUAUUAUUACUUUAUUAAUUUCCUGAAUGCAAGCUGUUGUUCAUACAAAAAGUUAAAUGUUGCCCUUCAUAAACAUGGGGUCAGAGUUGGGAGGGGUUUUGGUAAAUCAGACAUGUUUUUAUUCAGAUCUGUGAUGGCAAAUUUGGACUGUACAAGCCCUACUGUGCAAUAAAUAGUGAAUGUCGCAGUCAACCUUUACCACCAUGGCACUUCUAUCCAUGUGGGAAGAGGAGAGAGACUCCUGACAGAUGUCUCGCUUGCAAUGGAUAAUUGCAGACAAUUAAUAGGCUCUCAAGUUAAAGGGACAGAAUCCCACUGGAGGUCACAAGUGUUUCACCAGAGGAUUUACAACCAUCUGCGACAAACAAAAACACACUAAUGAGAGAUAAUGUCGAAAUCUUCAUUAUCAAGGUAUUUAGAGAAUACAUCACACUUUUCAAAGAUGAUUACAGCAUUAAAGACAUGGUCGUUGACAUAAAAUAGGCCCUAAUCCAAGUAGACACUGAAGCCUUCUGAUGAUGAACUGCAUUUUUAUUUAUUACUUUAUUUAUUUAAUUUGUAGAGAUCAUUUAUUCUAAGUCAUUUACAGUGUAAUUUUUUUUUGUCUUCAAUUAAAACUGUUUAUGCUCCUGU